CUGUGACGCUGUAAGACAUUAGACAGUGGGGAGAGUGGUCGGAACAAGUGGCUGGAAGUAGACAUAUACCUGCCUGGUGCUAACUCAACGGAGUCUAUUUUCUAAGCAGUCUUUUCUACAGGCAAAAAGAAAACCUUCCCGAACAUGAGUAAGGACACCGAGGUCGAUAUGAAGGAUGUUGAGUUGAAUGAGUUGGACCAGGAGAAACUACCGAUGACCGGCGACGGACCGGGGGCUGAGAAAAACGGAAACUUGAAGCAGAAGGUACCGGAGGAGGAUGUUAAAUUUACCGGGCUGUCGAAGGAAGAGCUCAUGAAAGUCGCUGGCACACCCGGGUGGGUGAGGACACGCUGGGUGCUCCUGGUCUUGUUUUGGUUGGGCUGGGUGGGGAUGCUGGCUGGGGCCAUAGUGAUCAUCGUCCAGGCCCCCAGGUGUAAACCCAUACCUGAGAUGAACUGGUGGAAUCAGGGUCCUCUCUAUCAGAUCGCUGACCUGGACGCCUUCAACCACGACAAGGGAAUCAAAGGUGUAGUUGAGGUACUGGACAGUCUGAACCAAUUGAAGGUGAAGGGCCUGGUUCUGGGGCCUCUUCACACUGUCCAGCAGGACCAAGCAGACACCUUAGACCUGGUCUCUAUGGACCCCGGGGUAGGAACUGACCAGGACCUGCUGGUUUUGCUGGACAAGGCCCAUAAGAAGGGUAUCUCUGUGGUGUUGAAUCUGACCCCUAACCCUGGAGCUGACCCCUGGUUCAGUCCUGACCACUUACCUAAAGUACUGGACAAACUCAGGGAUGCUGCUGAACACUGGCUGGAGAUGGGCGUGGACGGGGUGCAGGUGUCCGGCCUCGCUGCUGCCAGCGCCUCUUCUGAUUGGUCCAAGUUCCAGGAUGUCGUCCAGGGCAACAGGACGGAGGUGGACGUGAAGAAGAGAGCUCUAAUAGGAGUCGUUGAUGGUCAGGACUACUCUGCCGUCUCUCAACUUCUCAACUCUUCUGGUGUGGAUCUGAUACUGUCUGAUGUCCUUAACAAGGCAAACUCCGGUAUCGAGAGAGCGAAGUCCAUCCACGGCCUGGUGUCUACCCAGAAACAGAGCUCUUUAGCCUGGGGGCUAGGAGGCAGUUUGGGGAACCAUCUGGCUUCAGUGGUGGAGAAACCAGAACUGGUACGACUUUACCAACUCAUGCUUUUCACACUGCCUGGAACACCUGUCUUCAACUACGGAGAUGAGUUGGGGCUCGUGGACCAGGGCUCCACCUCUCCUAAGAUGCUGUGGGACACUGAGGAAGAGGUUGCUGAAGGAGCUGUGAAGAACGAGACAGCCGAGGCCCAGAAGACUCAUCGUCUGACAUGUCGUUCGUGGUUUAAGACCCUCUCUGACCUGAGGGGUAAAGAACGUUCCCUCCUUCAUGGGGACUACUUCCACCUCCACUCCUCCUCCGCGUCCCUUGCUUUCCUGCGUCUGUGGGACCAGAGCGAGCGAUACCUGACGGCCGUUAACUGGGGCUCCGCCACCUUAACCAUGGUCCUCAACCACACAGAGCUGAGCCUCCCGGAGCAGGCUAAAGUGAAGCUUAGUACUGACCCUGAGAACCUGGCUGCAGACAGCUCUGUCUCGCUGGAUAAACUGCUGCUGGGACCCGGACAGGCUGUCCUAUUGGCCUUCCCCUUCGCUUAGGAGGGGCUAGAACAGAGACCAGGACUAGAACAGAGACCAGGACUAGAACAGAGACCAGGACUAGAACAGAGACCAGGACUAGACCAGGACUAGAACAGAGACCAGGACUAGAACAGAGACCAGGACUAGAACAGAGACCAGGACUAGAACAGAGACCAGGACUAGAACAGAGACCAGGACUAGAACAGACAGAGACCAGGACUAGAACAGACAGAGACCAGGACUAGAACAGACAGAGACCAGGACUAGAACAGACAGAGACCAGGACUAGAACAGACAGAGACCAGGACUAGAACAGACAGAGACCAGGACUAGAACAGACAGAGACUAGAACAGACAGAGACUAGAACAGACAGAGACUAGAACAGACAGAGACUAGAACAGACAGAGACAGGACUAGAACAGACAGACCAGGACUAGAACAGACAGAGACCAGGACUAGAACAGACAGAGACCAGGACUAGAACAGACAGAGACCAGGACUAGAACAGACAGAGACUAGAACAGACAGAGACUAGAACAGACAGAGACUAGAACAGACAGAGACUAGAACAGACAGAGACUAGAACAGACAGAGACUAGAACAGACAGAGACUAGAACAGACAGAGACUAGAACAGACAGAGACUAGAACAGACAGAGACUAGAACAGACAGAGACUAGAACAGACAGAGACCAGGACUAGAACAGACAGAGACCAGGACUAGAACAGACAGAGACCAGGACUAGAACAGACAGAGACCAGGACUAGAACAGACAGAGACCAGGAC